CCCAAUGCUUACACAAUUACGCACAAUAAAAGGUCUUUUUGUAUUUGACCACCCUGUUUGGUUGGUAUGUACUGUCAGCCCCAGCACAAACCUCUCUGUCCCUUGAGCUAAAAUAGAAUAACUAAUUCUACAUCCCAGCACAUUUAACCAACCAAAAUCUGGGAUGUUCUUUUCAAAGGGCCCUGAACUUUCUAAUGUCAAAAGUUGGACUCAAGGAACCUAUGCUUUCAUCAGGGUUCUUUUGAGUUCCAACACCUUUGCUUUGGAAAUUGAUUCGACCUGAUCAAGUGAAAGACAGAUUCUUCAGGCUUCAUCUUUGUUUCUUUCACACCAUUUUUCCAAUUUAGAGCAAAGAAAAUGAAUGGCCUCAAAAAGUUGAAUUCUCCAAGGGGAGAGGUUGGAGAGAUAGACACAAGGGCGCCAUUCCAAUCAGUCAAAGCUGCUGUUAGUUUAUUUGGGGAAGUAGCCAUCACUAGAGACAGAUUUUCUGUCAAGAGAAGAUCAUCAGAGAAUGUAUAUGAAAAGGAGACGCAGCUUAUCUUGGCCCAAAAGGAAUUAAACAAGAUAAAGAAACAGGUAAAUAAUGCUGAGGCCAUCAAAACCAAAGCACUUUCUGAGCUUGAGAAUGCCAAGGAGAUCCUUCAGAAUUUGACAAGCAAGCUGGCUAACGUGAGAGAAUGCAAGCAAUCUGCAAUGAAAGCAGCUGAAUUGGUGAGGAACCAGAGCAAGCGAUUUGAAAAGACACUAUCCCUAAAAACCGUGGGAUAUGAAGUUUGGAGAAAAGAACUAGAUCAUGCAAGAAAAGCGUACACCACAACUAUAACUGAACUAGAUUCCUCCAAGCAACAACUCACCAAAAUAAGGCAGGAUUUUGAUGCAGUUUUGGAGGCAAAGCUGGCAGCACUCCAAGCAGCAGGAGAGGCUCAGUAUUCAGCAAAAUUAAACUCAGAAAGGAUUGGUGAACUCUCAAAUGAAAUUGCAACCAUGAAAGCAUCAAUUGAACAAUUGAAACUUGCCUCUGAACAAUCCCAAGAAGAAAAUGAAGCCCAACUUGUUGGUUAUUACAAAACGGCCAAGCAAGAAGCACAGAGAAACUUGGAGUCCUUAAAGAAUGAAUACGACUCUGAACUCAUGCAAAGUCUAGACGUCAAACUUGCUCAAACAAGUGCUGAGAUUGAGGCUCUUCAAGAGAAAAUUAAGAAGCUGCAUGCUUCUAAGAUGGAUUCUGUGAGGCUUCUAACUUCAGAGCUUAAAGAAGCCACAAAGACACUUGAGGAGGUUGCUGAAGAAAAGAACUCCCUUAAGAAACUGGUGUUUUCUCUUAGGACAGAAUUGAAGCAAGUUAAGAAGGAGCAAGAUGAAGUGAAGGAGAAGGAACAUGCAGCAGAAGCUCUUGCUGCUAACCUCACUAGUAAACUGCAAGGGAGCAUGAGAGAUGCAAGGCCUAAGCCAGGCACUGUCGAUGACUUAGAAGCAAAUAUCUUCUAUGUGCAGAGUGUGAAGAUUUGGAAGUUACAAUUGGAAACUGAAGGUGCAAGAAAAGAAGCAGAAGAGAUGAGGAGAAAAGCUCAAGAGCUGAAGCAAGAAGCUGAAAAAUCAAGGGCUGUGGCUAAAGAAGCAGAGGAAAAGCUUGAGCUCGUUCUGGUGGAGGCUGAAGAGGCAAAAGCAGCAGAACAAAGAGCCGUUAAGGAGAUCAAGAUUUUGUCUGAAGUGGGUAGAGUCCCGUACUCAAAAUUCAAUGGCAAGAUCAAGAUGUCAAAUGAAGAGUUUGAGGCACUGAGAGCAAAGGCCAAGGAGUGUGAGGAUUUGGUUGAAAAGAAAGAAGCAAUUGUGAUGGCAGAGCUGCAGGAAAUCUAUGCAAGAAAGAAUGAAGUGGACAGAAAGGUGGAAACUAAUCUGAAGGCAAUUGAGGAAACAAAGGCUGCAGAGGAGACGGCUUUGUGGAGUGCAGAGAUGGCAGAUUCUGCAAAAGUGGCAAUUGAAAGUGAACUUAGGAGGUGGCGUCAAUAACAAGAAAAGCUGAUACCAGAUGCUGCUUCUCAGAAAUUGGAGCAUUCUGCAGCACCAAUCUCGUUGACCAUCUAGAAUAGAAGUCAAAUCUUGAAGAUGUAGAUGGGAAAGGAAGUAACUUGGUUAUUGUGUUGCCUUUCUGCCUUUAUCUUGGAAGAUGGGCCAUCAACUCUUCCAGUAUGCUUGGAAACUGUGUUGAUAUUUCCGUCUUUCAAAAACAAAUGGAAUGUGCAAAUGCAAUUUCUCAUUGCCAACAACCUGCUUUUUUUCUUGUUCCUAGGGCCCUUAAUUAACAACUCUCUGGCUCUUGUAUAUUCCAAGGAAAAACUAAGUAGCUGUUCUUUAUGCACAAUCACGCAAAGCUGAACAAGGUUUUCGAGUACAGGACAUAAAGCAUGCAA